AUGGCGGAUCAAAGACCCGUCGUCGUCGACAAUGGUACCGGUUUCGUCAAGGUCGGCUACGCCGGCUCCAACUUUCCCGAGCACGUCUUCCCAUCUAUCGUUGGUCGUCCCAUCCUCCGUUCCGAAGAGCGCAAUGAUAUCUCGAGCAAUACUGGCACCCAGAUCAAAGACAUCAUGGUCGGCACAGAAGCAGAGGAGCUCCGCAACUAUCUGCAGAUCAACCAGCCUAUGGAACAUGGUAUCGUAAAGGACUUUGGCGACAUGCGUCACGUUUGGAACUACACCUUCGACGAGAAGCUCCGCAUCGACCCACAAGGGCGCAAGAUUCUGCUCACCGAACCUCCCAUGAACCCCAAGAAGAACCGCGAGGAGAUGUGCCAGAUCAUGUUUGAGGAGUACGGAUUUGACGGUGUUUACGUGGCCAUCCAGGCCGUCCUGACGCUCUACGCUCAGGGCUUGCAGACCGGUGUCGUGGUCGACUCGGGUGACGGUGUCACCCACGUCGUCCCCGUCUUCGAAGGCUUUGCGCUUCCACAUCUCACCAAGCGUCUCGAUGUGGCCGGUCGUGAUGUCACGCGCUACCUCAUCAAGCUCCUUCUCAUGCGCGGCUAUGCCUUCAACCGUACUGCCGAUUUCGACACGGUGCGUCAGAUCAAGGAGAAGCUCUGCUACGUCAGUUACGACCUCGACCUUGACAAGAAGCUCGCCGAGGAGACCACCACACUGGUCGAGUCGUACACGCUGCCAGAUGGACGAGUCAUCAAGGUCGGAUCCGAGCGCUUCGAGGCGCCCGAAUGCAUGUUCCAGCCCCACUUGGUCGAUGUCGAACAAGCGGGUGUCGCUGAACUCCUCUUCAACACCAUCCAGUCCGCUGCCGUUGAUACUCGUUCGGAGCUGUACAAGCACAUUGUGCUAUCCGGUGGUUCGUCGAUGUAUCCCGGUCUGCCAAGUCGACUGGAGAAGGAGAUGAAGCAGCUCUAUCUCACCCGAGUGCUCAACGGUGAUGGCUCGAGGUUGAAGAACUUCAAGAUUCGCAUCGAAGACCCACCUAGGAGAAAGCACAUGGUCUUCUUGGGAGGCGCCGUGCUGGCGGACAUCAUGAAGAACAGGGAGAGCUUCUGGAUCUCGCGUGCAGAGUGGUACGAGCAGGGCAAGGCGUGUCUCGACCGACUCGGACGUCAUUCUUAG